UCUGCCUAUCAACAGACCAAGACUUGUAAACAUCGCAGGCGAAGUCUAUGCAGUUCGCCGACAUUUUCGCUAAUUUGAUUAAGUUUUGAAAGGUGGCUACGAUUGCUUGCAAACGGAGGAGACAGGUCGGCGCCAUGGAGCACCCAACGUCGUCGGACAUCAUGAUAAUCACGGGCAAUUCCCACCCGGAGCUGGCCAAACUGGUCGCCAACCGCUUAGGCGUUAAGCUCGGAGGGACGGCUGUGUAUCAUAAAACCAACAGGGAAACCAUGGUGGAGAUUGGCGACUCUGUCCGAGGGAAGGACGUCUACAUCAUUCAGACGGGCACAAAGGAUGUAAACAACAACAUCAUGGAACUUCUGAUCAUGGCCUAUGCCUGCAAAACCUCAUCAGCCAACAAUAUUGUUGGCGUCAUUCCAUAUCUGCCUUACAGCAAGCAAUGCAAAAUGAGGAAAAGAGGCUGCAUUGUUUCCAAGCUCUUGGCAAAAAUGAUGUGCAAGUCGGGAUUGAGUCACGUGAUUACCAUGGAUUUGCACCAGAAGGAAAUUCAAGGAUUCUUCGACUGCCCGGUGGAUAAUUUGAGAGCUUCGCCUUUCUUGCUGCAGUACAUUCAAGAUUGUAUCCCCGAUUAUCGGAAUGCUGUGAUUGUGGCCCGAAAUCCUGGUUCAGCUAAGAAAGCAACGUCCUAUGCGGAGCGUCUGAGGCUGGGCAUUGCAGUCAUUCAUGGUGAACAGAAAGAGGCUGAAUCCGACAUGGUCGAUGGACGAUACUCACCUCCGACGCUGCCAAAGUCUUCAAGAACAAUGGAUGUAGGUGUCGGUGUCCCUGUCCACCCAGCAAAAGAAAAGCCUCCCAUCAAUGUUGUUGGAGAUGUUGGUGGAAGAAUUGCCAUCAUGGUGGAUGAUUUGGUCGAUGAUGUCCAAUCGUUUGUUGCUGCUGCUGAAGUUUUGAAAGAAAGGGGUGCCUACAAGAUCUAUGUGCUCGCAACUCAUGGCCUACUUUCGUCGGAUGCCCCUAGAUUGAUCGAAGAUUCGCCAAUUGAUGAGGUUGUUGUUACCAACACAAUACCUCAUGAGCUUCAAAAGAUGCAGUGCCAUAAAAUCAAGACCGUAGACAUCAGCGUAUUGCUGUCAGAGGCAAUUCGUCGGAUUCACAACAAAGAGUCUAUGUCUUAUUUGUUCAAGAACGUCACACUUGAAGAUUGAAACACCUGGCAAGGUGUAAUCCGAGCCUUCAGUAGUAUCAAAGCUAUCAAUCAUUGCUGUCAAGCACCUUAACCAAUCAAUGUUAUAUUGCAAUUCAAGAAAUUAAUUCGAAGCACUUUUUGUUUAAUUUUGUUUUCUUCAA